AUGAUGGAGAAACCGUUCAAAUGUCCAUAUUGUGACCAUAGAUCGAAGGAAAAGAGUGGGCUUGAAAAGCAUAUAAGGUGUAUUCAUACGGGUGAGGCUCCGUACAAGUGCAAGUACUGUAAUCAGUCCUUCAAAGUGCAGAGCAAUCUAGUGCGACAUAUACGCGCUCACACAGGAGAGAAACCAUAUGCAUGCAAAAAGUGUGGAAUCAGUUAUGCUGACAAGAAAAAUGUGGAUGCGCACGUAUUUCGUGAACACCUGAAGAUGCGAGAAUUGGAGUGCACCGCUCCAGGGUGUACUGCCAGAUUUUGGCGUCACGAUCGCUUUGCAUAUCACUGCCUCAAGCAUCAUGAGUGUGUCGAAAAGGUAGAAGAGAUUACUGACGUCGUGCUCGAAUCCAUGGAUGUGGAUACGUGCAUACGAGAGAAUAUCAUAUGGCAAAAGCUGCCAGCGGAUAUCCGAGAUAUGAUACAAUCUGAGAAGUCGUAUGAUUCUUUGCCGAACAAACAACCUUUCCGCUGCGAUGCUGUUGAGGUCGAACAGGAAAGUUUCUGCGUCGUAAUCGUCCUUUGCGCGAACUGUUGCCACAAAAAACCUGCAAAGUCAGUUGUGGAGCCAUGGUGGAUCGUAUGUGCUGGAAGUAUUCUAGAAGCAGAUAUUAAGGUAUUAACAGAGGAUGAGCGUCGUGUUGUAGACACUAUUUUGGACGAAGGGCCGCAGCAAGCAGGCUUCUUGCCCGUGCCUGUGGUCCAGUCGCUGCUCAACAGAGGACUGGUAUAUGUUGAUGUUCCAGUCGAAGAAUUUGACUACGUUUAUGUUGCACCUCUGGAUGGCUUUGUUAUGAAUCGAGUUUUGGGAGACUAUUUCGAAACGCUUUUGUACAAAAUAUUCGUAGCAAUCGAUGAUCAGACAACCGUAAAAGAAAUGGCUGAUAUGCUUCAUAUUGAUUUCUCUCUUGUGGCUAAUGCAAUAUCCGUUUUCUGUCGACUCGGAUUUGCGAAGAAGAGAGUAACAGGAAUGGAGACAGCUCGCCUCACUCAAGAUGACCUGGUGACGUCGGUUUCCGGUGAUCUGGGAGAGCUAUCAGCUUCACUGGCUUCACCUCUAGGAGAUGAUGAUGACGAAGAGCAAGCGGCGAAUCCUCAGCAACUACAGCUUGAAGGAUUCGGUCUCCUCACAGCCUUCUUCGGAAGUGCCAUCAUCCUCCGGUCGAACAGCGUUCCUAUUUGA